CGUCACACCCAAACAAGAAGUGCUCCCUGCUUAUCAGACAAUUUAUGGAGUAAAUAUCAACAAAUUCAUUGAUUAUAACUCGUUAACAUGUUUCAAGAUCCCUGGUUACAGAAUUAUGAUGCCACUUGCCGCCUUGUCCAAGAAAUUGCAGAGAACAUUCAUGAAAGAAACAGACAACAGAGGACAAGAGGGAAUCCUGCAAAGAUCAACAUGACACUGCGAGCGUCGCUACAGAAGCUGAAACAGAACAUCACCCAGCUCAGAGAGAGUUUGCUCCGAGCCUCGUCCUCCCGGCGCAUAAUGCAGUCGGAAGCCGAUCGGAGACAGAACCUUGUGGACGACCUGGUCACCAGGGACAAGCAGCUAAAUGCCACGUUCAAGGGUGACGUUACACAGCCAGAGCCCUCGAGGUCGACCCUGAUGACGGGGGCGGGGGGAGAAGGAGGGGCCGCGGCCAACCCCUGGCUGGUCAAUGAGCCAGAGGAGACCAGGGGCCUGGGCUUCUCCCAGAUCAAACAGCAGCAGCAGCGCAUCAUCGAAGUUCAGGAUGCUGGGUUGGACGCGUUAGCCGCUGUCAUCACCCGACAGAAGCUGAUGGGUCAGGAUAUAGGCAACGAGCUGGACGAGCAGAAUGAAAUCAUCGAUGACCUCACACACCUGGUGGACAAGACGGAUGACCGGAUCCGCAACGAGACACGAAGGGUUAAGCUGGUGGAGACUAAGUCGGCUUCCUGCGGGAUGCUGGUGGUGAUCGUGCUCCUACUCAUUGCUAUAGUGGUGGUUGCUGUGUGGCCCACCUAACGAAGAGGCUGAGGGGAGCGUUUUGGACGUCGCACCGUCUGUCGGAUUACCUACUGAGACUGCAUAGAGAGCCUACAGGGGAGACGAGGUGCAGAGGCACUUAUGUAGGUAUGUAUCAAGCGUGCUGAUUUAGGACCAGGUUUGCCUUUUAGAUCCCAUGGAAUAAAAUUACAUAGACAAGGCAGACCUGAUUCUAGAUCAGCUCUAAUACACUGAGACGCUUGAUACAUCUCUCCCCAGAGCUACCAAGCCCUCUUCUCCCUCCCUCUGUAUGUCCUCUCCUCGUGCCCCGUGUAUGAAAACUGAGUGUACUGUACACUACUGUACCUCAACCAGCAACAAUGUUUUAUUUUCUUACAUGGGUGUUGGUUGGGUAAAGGGUAGCACUGACCCUACAGUAGGACCUCCCAUGGGGGGACUUUUUCUUUCAUAAUUCUGUCUGUGGGCUGAGAGGUCCGGGGUUCCGGGUCGCUAAUUCCGCUAGCUUAGCAAUUCACUCGCACAUAUCUAUGAUUAUUAUGAUUAUAUUUACCCGCUAGCAGUUCUAAUGGUAUCAUUUGUCUUGGGAUUUUAUCAUGUUUAUAGGAUAAUGCCAGCCAGAACAUGUAACACAUAUGACUGUGUCACUUUUUAACAGUACUGUUUUAUUUUCUUGAUGUGAAUCAGUUCAGCUUAAUGCAACCUUGUGAUUUCUAAUAAACAACAUUUACAGUUAACAGCACAGUCCAUGGACUCCUUGGUGUAAAGAAUGUAGCUAUUAGUUCUCUGGAUUUACAGGUAGACUGCAAUCAUGUUAUAUAAUAUUGGUAAUCUACUAAGGAUAAUGUACUGUAUGUAUACCAUACUCUGCAUUCUUCCACUAUGUCAAUUUAAAAGCCUUGCAAAUGCUGCAAAAGGUUGAGAGAUGCGUGCUUGCGUCCGUGUGAACAGUACAGCUAUCCCACUACUGGUCCGAGCUUGGUCGUCUAAAGCUAUUCGAUCUACACCCAGCAUGCUUAGCCCUCUACUGUACUGCCCUAAGUCACACAUGGAGCUGUUGAUAGAAGUGUGUUACGCCCAAGACUCUGGCUUCAGAGAUCCAAAGCAGACAUUAAGCACUUCAUCAGCCAAUGAUUGAAGUUGAUAGAGAAGAAAGGCAUCAAAGAAAAAGAAAGAGUCACACUAGUGGCGACUUAACAGGAGUUUAUUUCAACUGAAUUCUGGAUUUAGUUCUACCAGCUUAGUGUUCAGUAGUUAAUGUUUCCUUCUUAAAAUCACAACCAUCUAAACAACCACAAACAAGUAAAAAAAGGCAAAAAAAACCGGAAUAAAAUCCACGUCUCGUGUCAUUAAAUAUAUCCAUAUAUAGUAACCAUAAUAUAUUAGUACGCAUCGUAAAACAACAUCGCAAAAAAGGUUUCGCAAUGGCCAACACAGCUAAACAACAUUUACAAUUAAAAAGUAUUAACAAAAGCAACGUUUUGACAGGUCUGCGGGUAGUCAUAUUUGAUCAAAGAGGAGGUCAUUGUCAAUCCAUUGCUUGGAAAACUGAUCAAAAAUGUACAUCAUGGUGAUACAGAGACAGAAUGGAAAAAACGAUCGAGGUUUGAUUAUAUAUUUUGUGCCAAACAGAAAUACAUUUACAUGUAAUGUCGCGAGUAUGAAUAUAACGAUGAAAGAAAGUAACAUGUAAAUAUAUGUAUAAAUACGUGUAAUAUGUCAUCUGUAUAUUUGAUCUUUGUAAGGAGACACCAGCACAAAGCAUAUGUAUUUAUAUGACUGAUCUGUACACAGAGAGAAACGGUAUGGAACACAGAUGCUGGCAAUCAGACCCUCAAUGUACAUCUGAUUUGGUUUAAAAUAAAAUAAAGAUGUGGUCUGAAUUCAUUUGUGGAUAAUCAGGUGAUUGAAUUACAUGAUUUUUCCUCCUAGUCCUCAUUUCGCCCUCAGCGAAUCGUUCUGAACUUAAUUAAUUUGACAGCCUUGUAAGAGACAUUGAAGAAUGUCUGCAGCUGUUGAAUUGCUGCCGCUACGGCAUCCAUAUUAGGAAUUCCAUAUUAGGAAGACCACUGACAGUUUUAGCCUGAAAUCUGACGACUUGCUUAAUAUGGAUGCCGUACACCAUUCAAGACAGAAUUUUCAAGAACUCAAGAGUGACAGGCAGUCCAGCAUGUAACAUGUAUAUCUUAUGCACAAGGGUGAGGUCUAUGGACGGUUAAGUGGGGGGAGAAGGGGUAUGAAGCAAGAAUUUAGAGAGAUGACUUCUAACAAUGUUUGUGUAAUAAUGUUUGGAACAGAUCACUGUCCGUCAAAGAGGAAAACUGCACUCUUAAAUUUCUGUUGCCUCAAUACAACAAGAAAAUAAAUACUGUUCUUAGGUGUGCACUCUGUCCAUUCUCUUUGCUUUCUAAAAUCUACAAUCAAUAAAUUGAAGUUAAUAAUAGGUUUAUUAUCUAGAUAAUUUUCACAUAAAAAUACUACCUAUACAGAUUUAUUAUUGUUGACUGCCAACCCCUUUUUUAGUACCUUGGGGAAGAGACUUGUUUCAAUUCCAAAUGCUUUACAUAUUGUGAUUUUUUUUGUACUUACAUUUUACAUACAAAAAGAGGUAAUAAUUAUUGUUGGGCAUGUAGACUUCUUGGCAUCCAAAAUAUGGUGAAUUUAAUACAACACAGAAACAAUUCUGUGCAGAUUGGUGAAUAGCCUACAGUAUUAGGAAAUAUUGUUCCUAGGGAGAGGUCAUAUAAAUAUGUACAUUGUAACGCUUUCAAUUCAAUAUGUACCAAUAUCUCACUGCUUGGUUAACGUUAACUAUUUGAAACCUUAGGUAUGAUAAGGUAUCAAUUACAACAUUGCAAAUGUUUCCUUUUGGCUUUGUGUAAAGCAUGUGUACUGUAUAAUAAUAGUAAUGUGAAUUCAUAUUUCAUAAAUGUACACCUUCAAUA